UUUCCCCGGGGGCUGGCGCUGCGGCGGCCGAGCCGCGGUAUGUCUGCAGCAUCCAGUUUUUGCGGGUCCGGCCCCUAGCACGCCUCGCCUCUGUCUCCUCCCCUCCCCGCCCAUGCGGGGGUCCCACCGCGAGCCAGCUCUGCGCACUUUGCCCCUGUUGGCAGCGAAUAAAAGGCGUCUGAGGAAAUACGGGACGCGCUCAUCCCCUGCCAGCUCCAGCCUUUAAAUCCGCAGCCGUGGGAGCUCCACGCACAGCGGGCGCACCGACACCGACCCAGCGCGCACGGCCACCAUCCGAGCGCAAAGGCGGGUUCAGCCACCGAAAUCUCUCCGCUGCCCCGGCUGCCCCGCACUCCACGCCGCAGCCUCAGCCCGGGGAGAGCGACCCCAGGCACCCGAGAGCCCAGAUGCCGGCCCACUUGCUGCAGGAGGAGAUGUCUAGCUCCUACACCACCACCACCACCACCACCAUCACAGAGCCUCCCGCCAGGAUCGUGCAGAAUGGAGAAGGCAACUCGGAGAAGCAUCUCCUGCACGCGGAGGAAGACAUCCGCCCCGAAAUGAAAGACGACAUCUACGACCCAAGUUACAAGGAUAAGGAGGGCCCGAGGCCCAAACUGGAGUAUGUGUGGCGGAACAUCAUCCUUAUGUCUCUGCUACACUUGGGCGCCCUGUAUGGGAUCGUACUCAUCCCCACCUGCAAGGUCUACACCUGGCUCUGGGGGUUCUUCUACUACAUCAUCAGCGCCCUGGGUAUAACAGCGGGAGCCCACCGCCUGUGGAGUCACCGGAGCUACAAAGCCCGGCUGCCCCUGCGGGUCUUCUUGAUCAUCGCCAACACCAUGGCGUUCCAGAAUGAUGCUUAUGAAUGGGCCCGAGAUCACCGUGUUCACCACAAGUUUUCGGAGACGGAUGCCGACCCCCACAAUGCCCGGCGCGGCUUUUUCUUCUCCCACGUGGGUUGGCUGCUUGUGCGCAAACACCCGGCUGUCAAAGAGAAGGGCGGUUUGCUAGACCUGUCUGACCUAAAAGCAGAGAAGCUGCUGAUGUUCCAGAGGAGGCAUUACAAGCCCGCUGUCCUGCUGAUGUGCUUCGUCCUGCCCACGCUUGUGCCCUGGUAUUUCUGGGGUGAAACCUUCCAGCACAGCUUGUACGUUGCCACUUUCUUGCGGUACGCCAUCGUGCUCAAUGCCACCUGGCUGGUGAACAGCGCUGCCCACCUCUACGGGUAUCGCCCCUACGACAAGAACAUUAACCCGCGGGAGAACAUCCUGGUUUCACUGGGAGCUGUGGGUGAGGGCUUCCACAACUACCAUCACUCCUUUCCCUAUGACUACUCCACCAGUGAGUACCGCUGGCACAUCAACCUGACCACAUUCUUCAUCGAUUGCAUGGCUGCCCUCGGUCUGGCUUACGACCGGAAGAAAGUAUCCAAGGCGGCCGUCUUGGCCAAGAUUAAAAGAACUGGAGAUGGAAGUUACAAGAGUGGCUGAGUUUUGGGUCCUCCGUUCUCCUUUCCAAAAGCCAGCCAGGCAGAGUUUUAAUGUUCUUUUUAUUAACUACUGAAUAUGCUACCAGAAUGCUAAAGAUGAGGUUAACCCAUUCCAGUAUUCUUUUAAAAUUCAAAAGUAUUGAAAGCCAACAACUCUGCCUUCAUGAUGCUAAGCUGAUAUUCUUCUUUCUUCUCUUUUCUUCCCUGUCUUCUAGACCCAUUGUCCUUUUCUUGGCUUUUUUCCUGUCACCUUCCUUCCUCUUCUCCCUCAUUGCCUCCCAGACAAGCAGCUGGUGAGGCAUUCAUUGGUGGGUGUCUAGCUUCUGAAGUCUAGACAACCUUUCUAUCAUCCAAAACUAGUGGUUUUGCCCCAGAUAACUCUUUCCUUGAGAUGUUCAGAGCUUCAAGGUAGGUGGCUCAGGCUAGAGAUUUGACAACAUCUUCUGGGAAGACCCUAUUAGCUAUUUUCAUUUCAGACUUUUGCUAGAUGGAAUGGAAAAACAACUUUAUUUAGCACAAAGCUUCUAAAGCAGGUAAAUUGUCAGGGGAGAGAGUUAGCAUGCAUGGUACGUAAGGUGGGAAACAAAGCAAGAAGCUCCUCAUGUGACCAAACAUACAGCUGCCUGCCUCCUGCGGACACUGAGCCCCACCACCCAGCAUGCUUCCUUUCUCUCCUGACUGUGAGUAGGGAAUGGCCAUGGAGCUUGGCAAUGCGAGACCACAGAAGCAAAUCCUAGGUCCCAGUAGACUCUAGGCUAGAGAUAAAGAAGAAGCAUUUAGUUUGUAACACAAAUGAUCUUCAAUGGAGUUCUUUUUCCUUUAAUAGCAGGAAAAUCUCUUAUUUCAUAUAUCAGAAAGUCUUGAGGUUGGUUGUUUCCAGAAUUGAUGAAUCCAGCAAUUCAUGGAAUUAUCAAAAUUCUUUCAUCUUUCUGCUUUGCCAUCUGACCCUUGGGAUGUUGGUCAGCUCUACUCAGUAACGAGGUAGCGGCAGCAUUUCCAGACAUCCAAAAAAGGAAUGUAUUGGUGGUAUAAUGGUGAGCAUUCCAAAAAAGGAAGGAUUUUAGGAGGUAGGUCAAACAGAUACAUAUAUAUAUACAGAUAUACUUUGCUUAGAAUAUUAAAUAAUUCACUCAGAGUAUUUCCCUCUGAAAGGGAUGCUUGAAGAAGAGGACAGAGGUUGGAGAGGUUGGAGAACAGGGCCUGUGGCAGCUCCUGAGAGAUUAUUUACAGAAGAAGGACUUUGAGAAUGCAUUGUCUGGGGAUUUGGAUUCAGAAGCUUACUAAGUAAAUUCCUGGGUGUCAUAAUAGGAAAGCUGGUUAUCCAAAUACGUUAGUUGUUAGGUUCAUUCAUUGACUCCCAUUUCUCCUUGGAAUAAAUAAAAACUAGAAGGCUUUUCGCCAUAGUGUCAGACUAUUUCACUCAUUUCUUCUGUUAACAGGUAGCCCAGUGAUUUUCAAUCUUUUUUUAUCUCAUGGCACACAUAAACUAAUGACUAAAAUUCUGCAGCACACCAAAAAAUAUUUUUUGCCAAUCUAACAACAAAAAAAAGGUAUACUUUUGAGUGAUUCACACCAGACGGCUACUGUUGUGUUGGCUGUUGUCAUUUUUUUAUUUGACAAUCUAAGGAAAAAGAGGUCAGUGCUCCUGACUACAUAGGCAGGUGUUGCAUGUUUUAAAAACGCCUGUGGCACGACGGUUGAAAAUCGCUGAUCUAGCCCAAAGUAUAGAUAGGACUGCCUGGGGGCAAGUAGAAGUCUUCACCCUGAUUAUCGGUUCCUGGCUCGACCCAAUCUGUCCAUUUCUCCUACCGGUUCUGUCUCUCCCCUGAUGUUUUCUUUUUUCUCUGGACAGGCAGCUGCCUUUGUGUCCUCAGAGGCAGUGAUGGCUAUUGCUGUCCAGGCAGACAGGAUGCUCAGGGCCACUGAACCACUGUUUCUCUUCAUAAGGUUGCCCUCGUUGCCACUUCCACCUGCCUCCAGAGUCUCUCCACCCACACUGAUGACUCAAGACCAGGCUGGCAAACCCUCCCAGAAACAUCCCUGGCACAGGCGCGCUCUCUCAUGAGGCGCAGCCAAGGCGAAUGCUUGCAUCAUGCCAGGGAGCCAGCCCUGGAGCAAAAGAGAGUUUGUUUUCAGUCUCCUCUGUCUGGGUCAGAACCAGAGAACAUACUGGACGCCCCCUGCUUGCUUAUUUACCCUGCCCAGCUUUAGUCCGUGCUCCCAGCUGACUGCAGCGCUGGUAGAAGUAGGAGGGAGCCUAGCCUUCACUGGGAAGCACAAGAAACAAAGGCAAGUUCCAAAGUGCCUCACUUGAAAGAAGGCCCUGUUCAUUCCCGGAGCCAGGGUACAUUGCAGAGCUUUGGCUGGGACGCGGGAUCUGAGAUGCCAUGAACUUUGCCGAACAGCGUCUCUGUUCAGCAAACUAGCCAGCCUUCCCCACAACACAGCCUAGGGGAGACAAUAGUGUAGAAGAGGUCUGGAAAAAGUAAAAA